UUUCUUUUUAAUUUUUUUCUUUUUGCAUACAAAUAAUGAAUAAAGAAUCAUUAGCUAAGCAUGCAAUUAAGACUUUUACACAUAAUUUACAACAAUCAACAGUAUCACAGCAUAAUGAACAACAACAAACUAAUAAACACUGGUGGCGUAUGAAAAAAUCACAACCUUCAAUUUUGUCAAAAGAAGAGCAAAAAUUACUAAACCGAGUUAAAUCAAGGGCUCAUUUCCUGGAUCGAGGAUUUUCUUGUUGUUGCUUCCAAAUAGGUUUUGAUGGGCUCAUAGGCUUUAUUCCUAUUAUAGGUGACUUUAUUAGCUUUUUAUUAGCCCUUCAACUCGUUCAUAUGUGUAUGACAGCAAAUCUGCCUAAUAGCUUAGUGUCAAUAAUGAUGUUUAAUAUUGCGUUUGAUUUUAUAAUAGGGCUCAUACCAGUUGCAGGUGAUUUUUUUGAUAUUAUGUACAAGUGCAAUACAAAGAAUGCAUUGUUGUUUGAGAACUAUUUGUUAGACAGAAGAAAGAAAGAAGAGAGUUUACUACUGCAGAAUAAUAAUACUGCUAUAAUGUAAUCAUGAAAAAAAAAUCAUAUACCCAUUAAAUCGUUGUUUAACGGUUCUAUCAAAGACAAAUAAAAAAUAAAAUGUACGAGAACUCUUAUAAACGUACUACAUUACUAUA